CUAUUCACAUAAAACUAUGCUUAACUAAAAUUUAUAUCUGAAUUAAAACAUUUUACAGUUUUUAUAUGAAGAGUUUGAUUUAGAAGCAAAAUGCCUGUUACAUUUUUUUCAUCGUAAGUCGGACACAAAUGUUCGAUACGGACCAUAAUGGCAGCGUUGCGUUGUUGAGGGAUGUUGAGUUAUUGAAAUGCCAUGCCAAUGCCCUGAAGUGCGUUGCGUACGUUUUGUUUACAUUUUCAAUAGAAUCCGUUGUCAACCAAAUUAUUACUGAAAAAUCAAUUAGAAUGUAUUUAUAGCGCUCUUCUGUCUACAGUUUACGAUUAUUACAGUGUAAACAAUAACUAAAAAUGAGGACAGUUCCGAAAUGGGUUAAUAAAAUUCACGAAGCAGAUAAAAUAGAAUUUUCGAGCGUCCACACGAUAUGCUACAGUCCAGAUGGUACUCAACUGGUAAUUGGUGCUGGCGAAAAAGUUAUGGUUUACGAUCCCCGAGAUGGGUCUUUGGUCCAAUUGCUUCAGGCCCACAAAGGCGCAGUGCACGCCGUUGCUUACUGUGGCGACGGAAAAAAAUUUGCAAGUGGCAGUGCUGACAAAAAUGUUAUCAUAUGGACAUCUAAAAUGGAAGGGGUACUCAAAUAUUCGCACAGUGAAGCAAUUCAAUGUCUAGCAUAUAAUCCUGUUACAUAUCAUUUGGCAUCCUGCGCACUCUCAGACUUUGCAUUCUGGUCAGCUGAAGUUAAGGCAGUGCAGAAAUAUCGAGUGACAGGACGCAUUACAAGCUGUGCUUGGGCCCCCAACGGCCAGUACUUAGCUGUUGGGCUAGCUAUUGGUGCUGUUUCUAUAAGGGAUAAAGUUGGUGAUGAGAUAAAAAGGAUAACAAGAGAAGCUGCAGUAUGGGCUGUAAACUUUACCAAAACAUGUCUUAUUGUCUCAGAUUGGCAUGAAACAUUAUCCUUUUAUAAUGUACAGGGACAACAAAUUCUUAAAGAAAGGAACAUAGGUAUAGCAGCUCUAUCAGUCUCAAUGCUUGGCGAGUUAAUACUGGUAGGGGGAGUCGGAGGAUGGGCAGUGCUUACAUCAGAAGGCGUGUCUAUACUCAACACCCCGCAGGAAUGGGUGUGGUCCAUCACACCUUCACCAUCUCUUGCUACACUUGCAGUGGGUUGCCAGGAUGGCACUCUAUGGUGCUACCAAACUGUCUUUAGCACAGUGCACGGGCUGUACCGCGAGCGGUACGCAUACCGUGAGAACAUGACCGACGUCAUCAUACAGCACCUCACCACCGGCACCAAGGUGCGCAUCAAGUGCCAUGACAGGGUGCAGAAGAUCGCCAUCUACAAACACCGCCUAGCCGUGCAACUACCAGAGCGAGUCGUGGUGUACGAGCAGGGCGACGUGGAAGGCAUGCUGUACAGAGUAAAGGAAAAGCUGCCACAAAAGACCGAGUGCUCGCUUCUGGUGGCCACUAGCGACGCGCUGUUGCUGUGCCAGGAUACCAAACUAUCAAUUAUUGGAAGGCGGAUACCAAAAACAUGGACAGUACCAUCACCGAUUCGUUACGUCAAAGUUACCACCCUGUAUUUUGAAGAAGUCUUAUUGCUGGGCUUGUUAAAUGGACAAAUAUGGCAAGUGGAACCGCGCGGUGGAAAUUGCAAGCUAGUGCUGUCGACGCCAGGCAGUGUGCGCUGCCUCGACGUGAGCGCGGCACGCGCGCGGCUCGCGGUCGUGGACGACGCGUCCGUGGCGCGCGUCUACAGCCUGCCCACCACGGAGCUGCUAUACACGGAAGAGAACGUGUCGUCGGUGUCGUGGAACUCGUGGUGCGACGAGCUGCUGGCGCUGUCGGGUGGCGGGCUGCUGGCCGUCAAGGCGGCGCACUUCCCCCCUGCCACGCAACCGCUGCUCGGCUCCGUGGUCGGCUUCCAGGGUGGUCGAGUGUUCUGCCUCCAGUCGAACUCGAUGCAAACAAUUAACGUGCCGUUGUCGCACGCUGUGCAUCAGUACGUGCAGCAGAAAAUGUUCAACGAGGCGUACGCAGUGGCGUGUCUUGGCGUGACGCCGCUGGACUGGGAGCGGCUCGGCGAAGCCGCGCUCGAGGAACUGGCGUUCGAGGUCGCCCGCAAGGCCUUCCAGCGCAGCGAGAACCUCAUCUUUCUCUCGCUCAUCGAUCAUUUACAGGAACGUUUUGAGGCAGGCGAGAAGCGUGCCGUGAUCGUGGGCGAGGUGCUGGCGUACCGCGGACACUAUGCCGACGCAGCGCGCGCGUUCCGAGGCGCAGGCCGCGACGAUCGCGCGCUCGACCUCUACGUCGAUCUGCGCAUGUUUAACAAGGCCCAGGAGUUCGUGGGCGAAGGCGAGGGCGGCGCGGCGCUGGCGCGGCGGCGCGCGGAGUGGGCGCGGCACGUGAACGAGCCGCGCGCCGCCGCCGAGAUGUACCUCGCGGCCGGCGACGUGCGCCGCGCGGCGCAGCUCAUGGCCGAGAGCGGUCGCAGGGACAUGUUGAUAGAGUUAGCACGCAAGUUGGACAAAGGCUCAAGCGACUCUCUACGCUACGUUGCCGAAGCCCUGGCUACGGCUGGAGAACCCGCAGCCGCGGCCGACGUCUACCAGCGUCUUGGUGAUUACAGGAAAGUAGCACAGCUGGCGGUGGCGGCGGGUGAGUGGCCGCGCGCCUUCGCGCUCGCCCACGAACACGCCGAGUGCCGCCGCGACGUGUUCCUACCGCACGCGCACCGCAUGGCGCGGGAGAACAAAUUCGUCGAGGCACAGAAGGCGUACCACAUGGGCGGCGAACUUGACACGGCGCGUCGGGUGUUCUCCAUUUUGGUGAACAACGCCGUGGCCGAGGAGCGUUUUGGCGACGCGGGCUACCUGCACCACCUGCUGGCUGCGCAGUGCCUAGAAACCGCCGCCGCCGCGCACGGCAGGGAGCGGGAGCGAAGCAUGCGCGAGUACUCUCACAACUGGCGGCUGGCGCGCGUGUACCACGCGUACGAGGCCGUGCACCGCUGCGUGCACGAGCCGUUCUCGCUCAGCCAGCCCGACGCGCUGCUCAACGCGGCCCGCAUGGUGCUCGCUCUCGUCGCCGACCAGCCGCCGUCCGGCGUCUCUUUGUUCUGUUUAUAUUUAUGUCUCGCUAAGCAAGCGAAGACCCUCAACGCCCAUUCGCUCGCUCGACAAAUGUUGGACAAAAUCUUGGCUCUGCAAAUACCACAAAAAUUUCAAGAGAGCGUAGAGCUGUUGAUACUGAAGAGCCGAGCGGGCGGCGCGGCGGACGGGCGCGACGACGACGUGUCGCCGCUGUGCUGGCGCUGCCGCCGCCACGCCGCCCCCACGCCCGCGCCGCGCUGUCUCCACUGCAAGCACACACCUGCGUAUUCGCUUCCUUCGCAUGAUGUACUGCCCUUAGUGCAGUUUGUGCCUGCGGAAGGCAUAUCGUAUGAAGAAGCGCUGGAGCUGAUAGAGCGCACGACGCUGCCCGAUACCGGCGCGCAAGAGGACACGGGCGGCGCCGAGGUGCUUCGGAUAAACCACGACGAAGACGAAUACGACCCGUUUCUUGACAAGUUUGAUGAGGAAGAAGAGGGCGGGCCGGUGGUAUGUUCCCGCAGUGCACUUCUGCGCCUCAGCCCAGCGAGCGUGGUGGUGGUGCGGGCGGGUGCGGACGCGGGCGCGGAAACAGGAGCGGACAACCGCGCGGGCCUCCCGCCGCCGGUACUCUACCGCAACAUGCUGCCUGAGCUACCCGUCAUACCGUGCCCGCACUGCGGAUCGUUGUUCUACCUGGAAGACUACGAGGUGCUGCUGGUGACGAAGGGUCAUUGCCCGUUCUGCCGACAGGCCGCCGAGCGCAGCGCGCGCGACCCCGACUCCGCGCCCUCCUCGCCGCCUAGCGACGCCGCCGGGCUCGACUCCUGGCGAUAACACCCUGUACACCUUACCGUAACCCGUAACUUACAGGUAUUUCCUUUUAUUUCAUCUAAACUGGCCCAGACCACAAAAGUAGCAACGUACAUUAGUUUGACUGGUCACCACAAGGUUUUUUGGUCACUAUGUCUUAAAUACCAAGUACUUAUAUUUCGUCUACGGUUUACGAAGGUAUUGUAUAUAUAUAUGUAUGAAUUACCAUUAUUACUUUGGAACUGACAUCCGAAUUCAUCCGAAUUGGACAAUGUCAACUUAUACUUUAGUUUCUAUAGCUGAUAAUUCCAUUUUCAAAAUCAUUUGGUAAUGAGAUAGCUCUAUUUGACUUCCUCCUUUUCAGAAGUCAGUCAUAAAGUAACACCUUAGUUUCCUAAUACGACAGAACUAUAUCGAGAUAGAAGAAAAAAGUUGAUCGAUUAGUAAGGGGACCGAUCUUACCUAAUCAAGUGAGAAAAUUGCAGCGUACAUCACUAUUCGUACUUUUGAAAGAAAAAAAUGGACUUUAUACAUAGCUGGUUUUGAACGCACGCUAAGUCGGGCUCGGCAAAUUCAAGCCGCAAUGAAAACACGCAAUCGUCAGAUCCUGUCAUGAUGAAAAUAAUACACUGCAACAAUACAUAUAAAUUGUUUUUGAAUUAAAUAACAGAUAUAUUAGGACAAAGAGUACUUACCGACGAAAGGGAAUACCAGGAUUAACAGCUCCAACUUUAUUUGUGGUGUUUGAACAAUUAAUUAUUGAACAAACUGUCAUUUUGAUUUUGAAACCUGACGUUUCACGCGGAAAGCGGUCGGGAGCCGAUUGAUGUUCGCGACGAGCAUAGGAGCCGUGCGGCGACUUUUUUGCACGCGAGGGACAUACACUCUUUCCUUAUAUCUCGAUAUAGUUCUGUGCCUAAUACCGUUAUUAUGUCUGAUGAACCUAUAAUUUAACUAUAUUUAUUUGACUGCAGGGACAAUUGAGCUGAUUAAAUAGAAAUAAAAUGUAUUAAAAGAUACAAAGAUAUAUUAUGUCUCAUAAUAACACUAUGUAUAGUUUUAUUUCAAAAUGCUCGAUUGUAACAGUAUUAAUGGUAUUGAGACAACUAUUUGGUAUUCUUUUUAUUUAUGUGAUCAACAUACAGUUAUAUAUUGUCUGUAAGACUAUGUAAACUAUGUACCGUAGCCAUUUUGACGUAGAUACCUGAUGUUUUAUUAUACAGGGUUGAGCAGAUUAAGCAUCCUAGUUUCAAAUAGCCAUAAAAUUAAAACAUAUCUUCGUAUUGAAUAUUUUUUAAAUGUUUUUAUUUUAAACGUUCUCUAUAAUUUACAAUACUAGUUCAUAAGGUCAAAUCACUGUCCCUAUGCUUGUAUAACUUUACGCAUUCUCCCACAACACCAAUUGCACACGGCACCCAAUAUAAUAUUUUUGUACUCGUCGACUGUAAUCGUUGAAUUAAGAUUUCUUGUACCAAACUAAAAUUGCGUACUUUUCAUGUAUGGGUUCCCACUCAACUAUAAGAUUAAUUUAGUAACGCUGUAGUCGCCUGAAAAAACAAUUGACCAAUCAAGCUCGCGCGUUAGAUACUUACCAAUUUUCUUUACUUAUUGAGGUUUUAUAUUAAAAAAUUAUUAUUUAUGAUGACUCGUAGAAAAAGUAUUGUAUACAAUAGUGAUAUAAUCAAGCUUUUCAAUUUCGUACCUCACUUAGGAAACUCAGCAAGCUUCGUUGCCUAAACACUGUACUCGCCUGAAAAGCUCUCUAUUAUGUCCCGAUUGUAUAAAAUACUAUUUUCAAACUGGAAGGGUACGCUGACAGGUGUCAUCUCUAUACCAUUUGUUACCUAAAAAUGCCAAAUUUUGCAAAAUGGUAUUGAAUAGACAUCUAUCAGCGUACCCUUCCAGUUCGAAAAAUACUAUACCUCAUCUGGAAUAUCUUCCCAUAUGACCAACCGAUGCUUGAAUCAAUUUAAAUUCAUGCCCUGUGUGCUCCCAAUCUCGGUAAAUAUAUAUCCCUAUAUCAAAAAUUCUAACUGAUUCAAGUCUAGUGAAGUAGAAGGCCAUUCUUGCCAAGGUCUGUCAAAUUCGUUUGACACAAGUCUUCAGUGCGUUUGGCUUUGUGAAAUGGGGCACUGUCUUGUUGAAAACAAACAUAAUCAUUUCCAUAUAAUUUUCGGCCAUGUUCUAGCAAAUGACGCAAUGUCGUUUCCCGUUCUGAAUGUAUGUAGUGCUCUGGAUUAAUUUUGAAACCUCGAACAUUGAACAGCAGUGUCAACUUGCAGCCGACGCACUUUGAAAUCACCCAAAAUCAACCAAAAGUUGCACCCAUAGUAGAAAAGGUAGGAGCGAAUCGCUUAGCGUGAUAUGGGCAUGUGAUGCGGAGGGAUGAAAGUCAUGUGACGAGAAAGGUAUUACAAAUGAAUGUAAGAGGGAAGUAACGGGAGAGAAAAACCGAAGGUGGCUGGACUGUGUGAGCGAUGAUGGGCGAGAGGUAUGGAAGAAAAAGACAUGCUGCGCUGACCUCAAAUGAACUCCUCGACGAUCCACGUCCAACGCGUCACAAACUGGCAUAACAAGCCCACCUGGAGCGUCCUCGGGCAAGCCCGCACCUCAAACAGGCCAGCCCUGGUUGCCUCUUCGCUUCACCGUGGGUGACCAAGCCACGGUUACUAAGCCCCUCCACCACGACAAGGUGAGCAACCCUCGGGGGAAACCUAACCUGAACUUUGAACUACUGUGCUUAAUAUUCUGUUUCAUUAUAUUGCCCAAUAUUGCAUCAUUAUACAUACUGACCGGUCAAAGUGAUAAAUCAUGCAGUUUUAAUUACAUUGCCCACUUGAUGCGGGCAUUAUGCAUACAGACCGGUCAUUAUUCACAGUGGCUGAACUUAUUAAGUUGCCCGUAAAAUUAUAUUCAAAGGCUCCUUAAUAGGAAUCAAAAUGUCAAUAAUAUGUAGUUUUUGGCGAACCGCGAACCCUCAGCUCUCGUACUACUAGUAUAAGAGAAAAAUUACGAUAUAAGACUGGCUCAACAAUUAAUAUGCCUAACCUUGUAAUUAUAUAUUUUAAGUAAGAUAUUGUGAUUUAGAAUCCGUCCUAAUUGUUAUUUAUUGCUCUCUAUUUACAAGAGAAUAAAACUGAGAUUGAUGAGUACCUACUAAUAAUUAUAAUAUCCUAGUGUUCAAUUACAUAUGUUUAAUUUUGUAGUUAGUUGUUUAAUUAGUGAGAAAUAUUACGUUUACAAAUAUUACAAUAUUGAUGAGGUACGUUUCGUUAACACAUCAGUUCAUUAAGAGUGAUGAUAUAGUUCUAGUGUAUAUGUUUCCUCCGAAAAUAUGUAACUGUCCUACCUAAAAGUGUACUUGUCAAUUUAUAAAACUGUACAUAUUUAUACAUAAUAGGGAUAUUUAAGAUUUUUAUUGUAAUGCAAUGAUCUCUAUUUUAUGGUUAACACAAUUAAAUAAAUGUCUACGUCUGCAUAAUGUUAAAGUCUACACACACUUACGUAUAGUGAUACAACCACCGUUCAGACGAGAAUGAAUAAAAUAAAAGUUGAAAUCAA